AAUUGGAUACGUUCUACUUUUUUUAAUCAUUACCACUUUCAUGGAGGGAUGCUGUAUGGACAAUCAUCCAAAGAAAACAGCUCUUCAGCAAAAUAUUACACGAACACAUUUCAGAGUGGUGAAGGGGGAAACCUUUUUGAUACCAUGCAACAACACACACAAGGUAGUGUGCUCCAGAGUUGAAGGGGAGGGAAAGGAAAGCCUGUCCUUUGACUGUGGGAGGCAGCAAUCAACUGAAGAAAAGCAUUCUGGGAAUUAUACAUGCCUUUUAAGCGACAGCGAGUUCCAUCUACAGGUAGUGGAGAAAACCAGUCUGCUAUGCUCCGAGCCUGAGGAAACUCAGUUAACCCUGGAGGUGGCAAAAGGUGGGAAGAUUCCCUGCCCGGGUCUCAGCUGUUACAGCAGACACGUCCUCUGGUACAAGAAUAACAAAGAUCCGUGUGAGAAAAGAGCCUGCGAUAACAGGAAUGGUGUGUUAACGCUCCUCACAGUCAGUGAACAUGAUAGUGGUGUAUAUUUCUGUGAUAGACAGAUAACUGAGCAAGGAGUCAUGUGGACCUUCAGGAGGGCUGUUCAUGUCCAAAGCAUACCAAGAAGCAAUCCAGUUGGUCCAAGGAUUUUGUAUCCUGCUGACAACAUGACAGAAAUAGUGGAGCUUGGUCAGAAUCACACUCUGAGAUGUAAAGUAGAUUCUCCUUUUGUGAAAGACUUUUUGCCGAAGGUGCAAUGGUACAUGAAUUACAAUGGCAACAUAAAGAAUAUGACUGAGCUACCCAUGGAGAGCCCAGAAGUCAGACAUCAUCAAUAUGAAAUAAUCACGGUGUUACAAAAAGCCAUCAUAACGGAGGUGACUUCACUACACUUGAACCACACAUAUACCUGUAUUGCCAGGAACACUUUCGGAAACAAAAGUGCCACUGUCAAGCUCAAGGAGAAAAUUGAAGUAAAUUGGCCAUCACUAGUUGGCUAUCCUAUUGCAUCUUUCCUGCUGGUGGCUGGGCUGGGAAUUGUCUUGCGUGUGAAAUGGCUGGAACUACAACUAAUCUACAGAACCCAUUUCCAACGUGGAAAACUUAAUGGAGAUGAGAAAGAGUUUGAUGUGCUCCUGUCAUAUGUGUGGAGUCCUCCAUCAGCAGAGGUGGAGGGAGGUUUGACCCUAUCCUCCACAUCAAGACCAAGCACCGAAGUGAAAUCAUGUCUGUCCAGCCCGGAGCCACUGAACAUGGAGGAGGGGAACACCCAGAGGGCACCAGAGGUGCUGCUCCGCCAAGUGUUAGAGGACCAGUGGGGGUAUCGGCUCUGUUUGCUGGAGAGAGACAUGGUUCCUGGAGAAGCAUAUACAAAUGAUGUGGUCCAUGCAAUACAGAGAAGCAAAAUGCUCAUCUGUCUCCUAUCAGAUGACUACCUCUCCAACAAUGAUGCUCUGUUUGUACUGGAAUCAGGCGUCCAGGCUUUGCUGCAAAAUUCUGCCCCCAAAGUCCUGCUAAUAUGGACCAGUAGAACCUCGACGUCCCUCAUCCAGCCAGACCCACCGCUGCCCUCAAUGGUCCAGAGGGCCUUGAAGGUGCUACCUAGUCUGAACUGGACCUUAGGCAAGCCUGCAAGAGCAACCAGCAACUUCUUGAGAUCGCUGAGGAAGGCGCUGGCCAAUCACAGAGUUGAGGCUAGAUCAAAUCAGAUAGUGUGGCAAAAACACCAGUCCUCCCAUUCUUUUAAAUAGGACCAGUGUGUUUUGGCCACGGGUGUUUUGAGAAGGGUUCAGCUCAUAGACUGUAAAAACCUAUGGACAUAGUUAAUGUGACAUCACCCAUUGAUAUAUGGAC